AUGCUGUGCAUCCUCUCCUCCGCCCUCUACCACAACUUCCUCCCCCUACUUGUAGUGGCAACCUACAUCCUCGCACCGGUACCGAACUGGCUAUGCAGCAAAGCCGAAAACCGCGAUGAUUUCAUGGAUAGUGGGAGCAGUGGGAUAGCUGAGCUGGGAAGAUUUAUCACUGGUGCUUUUGUGGCUAUGGGAAUUGCACUCCCUGUGGUCCUGGCACAUUGCCACUUGAUCCAGUUCGAAGCGAUGGCGAUGAGUAUUGUUGGUGGACUACUGAUCUACAGCACGAUCAUCAGCUUCACCAUGUUCUUCACCCAGGAAGAGGAGUUUUGA